CCGCUCGGAACCCUAGCCUAUCCUCGCCCGCCCGCCAUGGCAUGCCCUCCUUGCCCGCCGUCGCCGCUCGCCAGGGUGCGGCUCGAGGACGUGGCGCCCCACGACGGCGCGGCCGCCCCGGGCUACGCGCGCGCCGUCGGCGCCCUCGCCGCCUCGCUCGCCCGCCGCGGCGCCGCUGUGCUCGAGCUCCCCGCCGCGGACGCGGCCGUCCUCCGCUGCGCCCUCGAGUCCGCCCGCGCCUUCUUCCGCGGCCGCCACGCUGCCUACCUCUACCGCGCCGGGAGGACUUUGGAAGAUGGAGAGUUGUCCCCUGCUUGCAUGGCUGAUGCUUUCAGAUGUUUGGGCAAAGCAGCCCGGGCCGCCCUCUGUGCAAUAGCACGGCACCUGCGCCUACGUACCGACGUAUUCAACCAAUUACUUGAUGAUACUCCACUGCCGGAUAACGAGGUCUCCUCAUCAGAGUUGCUGGUGGCAUAUUCUCAUGAACAGCUCCAAAGUGGUCACACACUCAUGGGAUGUCCCAGCAGGUCCUCAAUGCCUCAAGUUGAUAGGGGAUUUGUGACGCUAGUUGCUUCCGAUUAUCCAGGAAUUGAGGUUUGUGACCCAAAUGGCCAUUGGUACCUAGCUGAUGGGGUUUCAGGCCCAAAUAAUCUAUUGCUUCUGACUGGAAGGGCCCUAAGUCACGUUACCGCUGGUCUUUGCCCAAUUUCCCAGUACAGGGUCACUAAUGAAAAUAGGGCAUCACUCACCUUUAGGUUGGUCCCUCAUGCCAACGCUAUAUUGGAUUGUUCUCCAAUUUUAGCUGCUGGGCAUUGCAUACGACAGGUGUACCAACCCAUACCUGCAAGCCAAUUUAUGGAUGAUUCUUAUGCUGAAGAGCAUGCUGUUUCCAGUCACUUGGAAGAACCUUCUGAAUCUCAGGGCAACUUUGUUAGUGACCCAUCACUCAGAAGUGUCCUGUCAGACCCUCUAUCUGGGGCUUUUCUUGAAGAUGCUAUGGUUCUCCAAUGUGGGCACUCAUUUGGUGGCGUCAUGCUGAAGAAAGUCAUUGAAAUGGCUAGAUGCACCAUUUGCAAUGGAGAAGUUGACCCAUCCUCCUUGUUUCCUAAUCUUGCUUUAAGAGCAGUAGCCACGGUGGUGAAGAUGGAGGAUGACAGGAGACUGUUUCAUAACGCUGCUCUUCGGAAGCGCAGGAAAGAUGUGAUCGAGCAUACGGAUGUGCCGAAGCGGACUGGGAGUCGCAAAGACAACGGUGAGCUUGCUCUGGAUGCUGAAAGCCCGGUGGCAUUCAAGGGAGUGCAGUACCCAUUUGUAGUGGGCGAGAGGGUCCUUAUCAUGGGGAACAAAAGGACGCCUGAGAAAUUCAUCGGGAAGGAGGCGAUCAUCACGUCGCAGUGUCUGAAUGGCUGGUAUCUUGUGAAGGCGCUCGACAGCGGAGAGAGCACGCGGCUGCAGUACCGGUCGCUGAAGAAAGUGCCGGAGCUGCAACUGCAGACGCAAGCGAGGCUGCAACCCCUGGCAUUUCUCGGAGGCAGACAGUAAGAGAUGGCGAUGGCGGAUCAUGCGAGGACCAUAACCACCGCCCAAGGUGUCGGUCAGCUAGGUAGGGCGCUCCCCUCUCUUGUUCAAAGGCGAGAUCAAUGUAAAAGUCAAGAGUAUGAAAUGUAGUUCCGUGCCUGCCUUAGGGUAUUCGCUAUCAGGUCAUGCGGCGGCUGGAGUAGUAAGCGACCUAUGUUUGCGCGUCAAAUCUGUUCAUGUUUGAGCUUGUAGAGGAAGAAUGUGUUUACGUGGGUUCUUCAAGGCUGGCUCCAGAUUGUACAAGACCAUUCUGUGAACUGUCGAGUCUACAGUGCCGUGGCUGGGCAAUUAUAAUCAUUCGGCAGUAGUAGUAGUAUUCA